UGGGGGCGGGGCUAAAUGCGGAGAGACGGUCAGCUUGUCGCUGUCAGGUCGCUGUCGCUGUUGUCGCCACCGACUCUGAUCUACGAAAGUCAUGUUACCCAACACCGGGAAGCUAGCAGGAUGUACGGUUUUUAUCACCGGAGCAAGCCGUGGCAUUGGCAAAGCUAUUGCAUUGAAAGCUGCAAAGGAUGGAGCAAAUAUUGUCAUUGCUGCGAAGACCACCCAUACACACCCCAAACUUUCAGGCACAAUCUAUACUGCUGCUGAAGAAAUCGAAGCAGCUGGAGGAAAGGCCUUGCCGUGUGUUGUUGAUGUGAGAGAUGAACAGCAAAUCAAUAAUGCAGUGGAGAAAGCAGUCGAGAAAUUCGGAGGAAUUGAUAUUUUGGUGAAUAAUGCCAGUGCUAUUAGCUUGACCAACACGUUGGAGACACCUACGAAGAGAGUGGAUUUGAUGAUGAACGUCAACACCAGAGGCACCUACCUUACAUCCAAAGCAUGUAUUCCUCAUUUGAAAAAGAGUAAAAUCGCUCAUAUCCUCAAUCUCAGUCCACCACUGAACCUAAAUCCACUGUGGUUCAAACAGCACUGUGCUUAUACCAUUGCUAAGUAUGGUAUGUCUAUGUGUGUGCUUGGAAUGGCAGAGGAAUUUAAAGGUGAAAUUGCAGUCAAUGCAUUAUGGCCUAAAACAGCCAUACACACUGCUGCUAUGGAUAUGCUAGGAGGAUCUGGUAUCGAGAGCCAAUGUAGAAAGGUUGAUAUUAUUGCAGAUGCUGCAUAUACCAUUUUCAAAAAGCCAAAAAGUUUUACUGGCAACUUUAUUAUUGAUGAAAAUAUCUUAAGAGAAGAAGGAAUAAAAAAUUUUGACAUCUAUGCUGUUAAACCAGGCCAUCCUUUGUUACCAGAUUUCUUCUUAGAUGAACAACCAGAUACAAUUACGAAGAAAAUGGAAUCACAUGAUGCUGUUCCAGAAUUGAGAGAAGAGAAGUCACAGCCACCACCAAAACCACGUUCUGGAGCUGUGGAAGAAACCUUUAGAAUUGUUAAGGACUCUCUCAGUGAUGACGUUGUCAAAGCCACUCAAGCAAUCUAUCAGUUUGAACUCUCGGGUGAAGAUGGUGGGACGUGGUUUCUUGAUCUUAAAAGCAAGGGUGGGAAUGUUGGAUAUGGAGAGCCCUCUGAUCAGGCAGACGUGGUGAUGAGUAUGUCUACUGAUGAUUUUGUAAAAAUGUUUUCAGGGAAACUAAAACCAACAAUGGCAUUCAUGUCAGGAAAAUUGAAGAUUAAAGGAAACAUGGCCCUUGCAAUCAAAUUGGAGAAGCUAAUGAAUCAGAUGAAUGCCAAGCUGUGAAGGAAAAGAGAAAAAAAAAUAUGUCGACCUCUAAGCUCAAAAAAAGUAAAAGGGCUCAACAGUUAAAAUCUAAUGUUUGUUUUCUUCCCUAUUGUAUUAUAAGGAUAUGCAUGUUUGUUCCGGAAAAAAUAGAAUUUAUGUAUCUAUAAGACUUGAAAUUCUAAUUAAAACAGCUAGUUAUAAGGUUCAUUAAGUGGAAUUCUAAGACAUUCUGUUUUUAGUAUUUUGUAAGUUUUGCCCUCUCAGCCCUAUAAAUCAUUCACCAUCUUCUUCUAGGACAAGUAUUUUGAGCAAUCGAUCAGAGUCAAGCAGUAAACUUAGCUCUUUUCAAAGCUUCUUGGGGCUGGCCCCAUGGCCUAGUGGUUGGGUUUGGCGUGCUCUGCUUAGGCGGCCCAGGUUCACAGGUUCAGAUCCCGGGCACAGACCUACACCACUCGUUAGCCAUGCUGUGGUGGCAACCCACAUAAAAAAUAGAGGAAGACUGGCAUAGAUGUUAGCUCAGGGCUAAUAUUCCUCAGCAAAAAACAAAAAAAAAGAAGAAGAAGAAGAAGGAAAGGCUUCUUUCCAUGUAAAAUGAGGCUAGUUGGUUUUAAAAGUUUUAGUUUUGGAUUGUAUACUAAUGAAAAUCUUAAUGAUAUUUUAAAUUUUUAUAUACUUAUUUUAAAGAAGAUCUUCUACAAUGCAUUUUCACAGGAAUCACAUAAUAAACUACUUAAUAAAUACUAUUUAUAAAGACUAAUGAAACAAAAAGAGUUUUUCAUUUUGUUAACUAUCUUUCCAGGUGCAAGUUAUCUAUAGGAAAAUAUUAAUGUAAUUCAACUAAUUGCAGUAUGUAUCCUAUUUUAAAGUAUGUUAAAACGUCCUAAAAUAAAAUUAUAACCAGGGGCCCUCCA